UUACGUCAACAGGGUCCUUUCUUCAUUUUGUCGCAGCUUCAAACAAUAUUGGCAACUUACAACCAAAUAUGGAAAUAUGAACAGUAGAUCGUUCAUUAACAACCACAUGCAUUGGUUCUAACUGGGAAAUAAACGUGUUUCAACAGUGCACGAAAUAAGAGAGAUAUGGGUGAACCCAGCACUAUAGAGGUGACGGUCAAGACUUUGGACUCUCAGAGCAGAAGUUAUACAGUCAGAGGUGAUCUGACAGUUAAACAGUUUAAAGAGCACAUCUCUAGUUCGGUGGGGAUUCCUGUGGAUAAACAGAGGCUGAUUUACCAGGGUAGAGUACUCCAGGAUGAGAAGACACUGACAGAGUAUAAUGUGGAUGGGAAAGUCAUACACCUGGUGGAGCGGGCCCCUCCCCAGACCACACACACAGGGGCAGGAGCCGGGGGCGUGUCUGGGUCCGGAGUAGGUGCGGAGGGUACCAUGCCCUCCCACUCAUCAUCCUCCACCUCCCAGGGAACGUCUCACAUGCCCGCGCACGACCGCAAUGGCAACAGCUACGUCAUGCUCGGCACCUUCAACCUUCCCAUGAACAUCAUGGACCCUCAGCAGAUUCAGAUGUCAGUGCAGCAGAUGAUGUCAGGUUUGGGAGAGAGUGGGAGGAGUGCAAGAGUCAGCACCAGCACUGGGAGCAACGGCUCUGUGGAUGUGCACAUUGACGUGGACCAAUCGGUGCAGAGCGAGCCCAGGCUGAGACUGAUACUGGCUGAGAACUUGCUGAGGGACACGAAUGCAGUCAUCCGUCAACUGGAGGGUCAGUCCAGCGGUUCAUCACAGCCAGAUUCUGCUGCCCCAUCCUCCUCUUCCUCAUCCACCCCUUCACCCUCAGCUCAGCCUAUGGACACCUCCCCACCUGCACCUCCACCUCCUCCACCUUCCUCCUCCUCCUCUUCCACCCAAACCGAGGGGCCACCUCUCUCUGGACCCAAUCACCCCUGCCCAGCAGACCUGGUAGAGGUCCUGUCAGAGCUGAGGAGAGUGGAGGAGAGACUGCAGCCCUUUGUGCAGAGGACACACUCUAUUCUGGGCUCUGCCACCAGCGCAGACUACAACAAUAACACCCAGGAGAGAGAGGAGGACCAGCGCAUUUUGGAUCUGGUGGGGGAAGCCCUCCGUCCACUGGGCAAUGCUCUAGUCGCUCUGAGCGAUCUGCGCUGCAACCUGCUGGCCCCCCCUCCCCGUCAUCUCCACGUGGUUCGACCCAUGUCCCACUACACCGCUCCCCUCGGGCUGCCAGGUGGACUACACCACUUCCCCAUACCGAUAAACCUGGGGUCCACUGUGACCAUGACUGCCAAUGGCAGACAGACUGCACAGGACCAGUCGCAAUCCACUCAGUCAGCUGACCAAUCAGAGCAACAAGGGCAGGAACAGGUCCCACCUCCACAACCUGCCUCAGCAAAUCAGCAGCCUGGACAAGGGCACACAGGGCCGCGCAUGAUCAGGAUCAGCCACCAGACCAUGGAGCCGGUGGUGAUGAUGCAGAUGAACCUGGAUGACUCUGGCAGUGGAUCUCAGACAUCAGGACCGCAAACCACUGCAGCUCCUGGACAGACUGGGUCUGCUCCUGUUCAUAUCCCAGGCCUGCCCCCGGAGUUCAUGCAGGCCAUCAUGCAGCAGAUCACUCAGCAGGCCGUUGCCAUGGCAACUGCGGCCUCUGCCGGGCAACAGGGGCAGCAGGCAGCUACCGACCCCAGCGUGAGCGCCAACUCCACCACCAGCACCACCAGCACCACCAGCCUUCCUCACCCUCCUCACCCUCCUCACGCUCCCCACCCUCCCCAGGCCCGGGUGGUCUUCACCCGGCCCCCAUUCGCACCCCGGGUCCCCCACCCAAAUCUUGGGACCAGGGGGGCCACCAUUAAUCUGAGGGCAGUGCCCCCUACUGUUGGGCAGCAGCCAGGACAGGUGAUCAACGCUCUUGUGGGACAGCUAUUGAUGCCAGUCCACAUGGCGGACCACUCCUCCACUUCCUCUUCAACCCAUUCCUUCUCUUUUUCAUCUUCCUCCUCCUCUUCCUCUUCCUCCACCACCUCCACCUCCACCUCUCAACCGACCUCAUCCAACACUUCCGGCCAAACGUCCACCAGCACUACCAGCACAGCCUCCACUGGCCAGCCCUCCAGCGCCCCCUCCCCACCACAGGAGGGGAUGGCAGGAGCCAAUCUGGCUCAGCUCCUGGGCUCUCUGCUGGCUGGCGGGACAGGAGGCCAGGUACCAGGCUCAGGAGCUCCAGCUUCCAUUACAGUGACCAUGCCUGGUGUGCCUGUCUUCAUUCAGGGAGUGACAGACUUCCUCCAGGCCACCGGCCAGCCGGCCUUCUCUCCAUCUCCCACUGGGCAACAGCCCCCCUCAGCCUCCACCACCCCCACACCUCCUCCAACAACCACACCCACCCCUACGCCCACCUCCACCCCCAACUCAGCCUCUGGCGUGGGCAUAGGGGGCCCGGGGGGCCCAGGAGACACCCUCAGCCCAGAGCUCUUCACUGGCAUUGUCCAAGGGGUGCUGUCCACCAUGAUGGGCUCUCUGGGGGGGCCCCAGAAUAACACUGAGAGUAUCGCCCAGUUUAUCCAGAGGCUGUCGCAGACAAACAACAUAUUCACUCCUGGCACUGGUGAUGCCAUAGGGUUUUUUGGAGAUCUGCUUGCCUUGGUGUGUCAGAACUUCUCCAUGCUGGACCUGGUGCUGCUGCUUCAUGGUCAGCACCAGCCUCUGAGCCGCAUUCAGCCCCAGCUGACACAGUUCUUCACCGAGCACUAUCUACACGGGAGAGAGCCCACCGAUGCCAACAUCGCUGCAGGAGCUGAUGAACUGAUCAACGGGCUGGAAGAAUACAUUACGGAGAGCUUUUCCACUGUUACAGUCUUGGAAGGUGUAGACAUCACAAGGACGAACAUGUCCUUCUUCAGACAGCAGCUUACACGCAUUGCAACACACAUUCUACGCUGCACAGAUCACUCCUUUGGCCCUCGCUUGCUACACAUGUGCAAUCAGGCGCUGUUUGAAUGUCUGGCCCUUAAUCUUUACUGCCUGGGAGGGGAGCAGACUGCUCUCACAGCUGUCAUCAACCAUCGCAUUAGGAGGAUGUCGGCAGAGGUGAACCCCAGCCUGGUGAACUGGCUGACCAGCAUGAUGUCAAUGAGACUGCAGGUCAUCCUGGAGCACAUCCCAGUUACAGAAGACCAGAUCCUGCAUUAUGUGGUUCGCACACAGGGAGAAGCCGCAGACAUGGAGCAGUCCGGUGAGUCUGAGAGCCAAAACAUGGAGACGGACAGAUCUCUCUCUCCUGCCCCUGCCACCACGGCGGAGGAGGCCAUGGUGUCAUCACAGGAAGUGGGGGCCACGGGGUUGUUGCCUGGAGACCCAGGAGCUGUGGGCGGGGCUUCGCUACGAGAGCCCAGAGGAGGCGGGGCCAUGGCCGCAGCAGGCAGGAGGGAGGAGUCUGGCGGAGAGGCGGAGCCCUGGGCCGCAGCUGUUCCUCCUGAGUGGGUUCCCAUUAUCAGAAAUGACCUGAUUUCCCAGAGGAAGAUUAAAGCUCAGCCCCCUCUGUCUGAUGCUUACUUGCAUGGGAUGCCAGCCAAACGCAGGAAGACAGUACAGGGCGAAGGGCCCCACCUCUCUCUGUCUGAGGCUGUGAGCCGGGCAGCAAAGUCCGCUGGAGUCAGGCCUGUCACUGCCCCAGGAAGCCUGCAGGAGGAGCUAGAGAGCACUGAGCUGCAGGAGGCUUAUGCAGAACAGGUGAAGAGUGAUAUUAAGAACCGUGUGAGGGAGGAUCCGGACUUUGACACAGAGCGAUUCCCGAACACACAGAGGGCCUUUUCCUUGGACUCUUAAACCCUUUAUCCCACAAGGAACCCACAACUACUUUCUUUCUGGCCUUCUACCAUCCAGAUCCCAUUUUACAACCACCUCUGAGAAAGCCCACCAUUUUUGUAAAACCAAUCCAUUGCUUACAGGGCAGACCUGCCGUUCAUCAGCUUGACUUAUGAGGAAUGCUACUGUCCAUAGCAGUCUUUCCACUGGACUUAAGAACACACCAAAGACAGCCACUCAUGUAUCAGACCAAACUGUCAAUGCUCCCAACGAACAUUUCCAGAAAGCUUUUUUCAGUUUCUCUUUGUAAGACCACAGAUGCACUGAUUUGGAGAGGUGCAGGCAAGGCAUCGAAAGCCUUCUACCUUCUGGCUUUUGGCUAAAUGAGCUUCUGCCUCUGUGUUUCCCAUAAGCCCUGUUAUGACCGUGUGUAAGACGUACUUUAUGGCUGCCCCAUCAUUUCGUCUCUAUAACACACUCUAUUAUUUUGUCAUUUGAUGUACAUGAAACCGCAAACUGCAAAAGAGUAAAGUAAUUGUAGUUAUAAUAAAAUGUCUGCUGCUGCGGUGAUUUCUUAUUUUAAUGGUGUGUCUGGUUGAAUAAAAUCUUCUCGCUGCAUCUUAAA